GAUGCCCAGGAUAAUGUCACUGGUUUAUUCGCUCUCCCACCUCUCCGUAUCAUGAUAAACGCCGCUGCUGGGGCGGUCGUCCGCCGGAUGCCCUCGGCGGCCCGGCGGAGCGGAUGCUGGAUAGCGUGGUGCCAGGCGGUGCUGCUCGGCGUGUCGGCGCUGGUUAUCGUGGCCGAACGGAGCGCUCUGAUCUACUGUAUAGGAUUUUAUCUUUGGAACGAGGAGACGCAGUGGGCGGGCCUCACUUUAGGCCUCUUCCUACCAGGCACCGCGGUUCAACUGCUAAGUGUAAAAUGGUACUAUGAUGAUGGUGAUGACAGGCGAUGCUACCUUUCUGUCAUACAUAUCUUGCACUUGGGCAUAUUCAAAAGGAUGUGGGACUGCAUGAGGUCCGUGUUCCGCAUGCAGGACUCAGUGGCUGAUCUCGGAGCUGCGGUCAUGAUGCAGGCAGAUGUUGCUGCUCUCUGGCUGCUGGAGGCCCUGGUCCUCACGCUGCCUCAGAGCCUGCUUCAGGCAUAUGUUGUGGUAUCCACUGAUGUGGGCAUCAUGUCUCCAGUUGCCUACUGCUGCGGUCUAUGUGUGCUGUCCAUUUCCUGGGCACUGGUGCUGUACAGCAGAGCCUGUUGCCUGAUACGACCCGGUCACCUUGCCAUGCCUCCGGCAGCCUUGCUGUGCCAGCUGGUGUGGAGGGCUGGCAUGCUGGGUGCAAGGGUCACCUGCCUCAUGUUCUUUGCCAGGGUCUUUAACUGGUGGGUCUGUGGAGUAGCAGGUUUCCACUGGCUCACGGCCUCCUUCUGGCUGGUUUCACAGCAGCCAGACAUCUGCACUGGCCCCUGGUGUUGGCGAGCCUUUAACGGCAUCAUGGGGCUUGUCCACGUCUUCCUCUUCCUAAACGUCAAAGAUGGACCAUCGCGCUUCCGCAUGGCCAGUUUUUAUGCAUUCAUGCUUAUAGAGAAUGCCACUUUGCUGUUGGCCGCCUCCGACUUCCUUAGCGAAGCGUCAUGGGACAGCAUGACCCUUCCCACCACUGUGCUGUGCAGCUUUCUCCUCGGUGCUACCUCUCUAGUCCUAUACUACAGAUUCCUCCAUCCAAAGUCAACAGAAAUCUCCCUGGGAAUGAACCGCAACCAUAUGGGCAGCACGUGCAUAGAACGAGGGGAAUCCUCCUUCUCUAUUGGCGAUAAAAGCCUACCUGCGCCCUCCAUUCAAAACCACGGCAGCUUCUCGCUCUCAGGUGUGGCUGGUUCUCUGCUGGAGCACCCAGGAACCUGCGGAGGCCGGGCUAACAGCUCCUGCCCUUGCUACCACCACCACUGGCUCCUCAUCCGGCUGGCUUUGAAGACGGGAGACCUGGGGAAGAUCAACAGAGCGUAUGGGGCCGGUGGAGCAGCAGCCAUAUUGGACAUGGAAGAGUACAACCAGGAGUACAAGAGUAAUGAGGGCAUGACGAUUACAGCCGGAGAUGAGGGCAUCUCCACCUCUGAGUCUCAAGGGAAAGGCCUGGCGCCUCUUUCAGACUGCAAAGACGAGUUCCAGAGCGUGAGCGAGCCCACGUCAACAGAACCGCCUGAAGAGGAGGAUGACAGCCUGGAGAUGGAGAGCCCGCUGGAGUCACCUGCAUCAGAUUUUAAACGUAGCUCACCAGAGGGGAAAUCAGUGUUUGGAGACAGUCCUGAACCUUAUUUCUGCCCUACAGAGUCCAGUUCAACCUUAUAUUUCAGUGCUGAUCCUCAGUCUCCAAGUAGUGCCAGUAACCCCCGUUUGGACCGGGACAUUGUUGAACCGGGGGUCCGCCUCAACUCCAUUCCCAGUGAUCCUGCUCUUCACAGGGAUGUACGUGGACUCAUGGGCCGAGUCGGGCCACGCUGUACUUCCACUCCUAGAUUGGACUCUGGAGUACCCGACUCCCCUUCUAGCGUCCCUCAUCUUACAGGACCCAGGAGGCAGCUUAUAAUGUCUCGCAGAGAUGAAGAUGAUAGCUUCUAGCAUUCAAAGAGAGCAUCAAAAACUGAAAGACAACACCAGCUUUUGGAAAGCUGCUUUUUUAAUCGCCUCUGUGCUGUAGGAUGAGGAGGCGAGCAGAUUAUUCACCUCCCAAUGUUGAUAUAUUUAGCACACUGUGGGGCGUAGCAUAUGCAACAGUUUUGGGUCACUGCAAAGCUAGCUUGCGCUCUUCUGAGCUAAUUUUCUAAAAGCACUGCUUCACAUAAAUGCUAGAUGGACAAAAAUGAAACCUUCAGUGUUUUGAUCAUCUUUCCUGAGAUGAUAUGACAGCUAGUUGGCCACACGUGUGGUGUACAGAGCUCAGACACACCUUCUACCUGACAUCCAUUUUUUAAAUUAUUUUUGCAGCAAUUAACUUGAGCCUCAAGAAUAACACUGUGCAAAAAAGACAUGCUGUCAGUAGUAGCCUUGAUUAAUGUCAACAGAUACCUUCAGAAAUAUGCUGCUGUUUUAUAAUCCAGACAAAUGAGGAUCUCUAUAUUACAUACAUAACAGCCUUUUCUCAUUUUAUAUUUAAAGCAGUUGUUUAAACAGAGAUAUGAUCAAAAGGAGACAGGAAUGUCUGACCUCUAAAUGUUUAGCAUCAAAGUGUGAGCCAGGGCUUUGUUGGCUUCUGAAAAGCACAAGUAUCCUCUGUACCAUAGUUAUACUGUAGUGAAUUUUGGGUAUUUAUAUUGUAAAAUCAUCCCAAUUUUUAGAGAACAACAUGCUGUUUUUGUAUGAUUAUGUCAGCUGACAUUGCAUUCAACCUGGCAAUACUUUAUUGUUAAAUGUUUUAACUUAAUUUACAUGUUGACCAUGUAAUUGCAACGUUGUUUUUUUGAGAAAAUAUCAUAUCUCAGGCACUUAAUAUAAAAAGCUUUCAGAUGUUUGAAGUGUAACAAAAGGAAAAUGUGCUUUUGAAGUACUUGUAGUGACUUUUUAAUGUGCUCUUGGGGAGGGUGGGGGCUUUUUUUGCUUAAUAUCUGUUCUGUAAAAGGGGUGAA